GUAACAAAUAAGGAUGCAACUAAAAUCAGCACGGUGCGUGUCCAGGGCAACGACAUCUCGCACCGGCUGCGGCUGUCUGCCGUGCGAUUGCAGGACGAAGGCGUGUACGAGUGCCGCGUGUCCGACUACAGCGACGACGACACUCAGGAACAUAAGGCCCAGGCACUGCUGCGCGUGCUCUCGCGCUUCGCGCCGCCCAACAUGCAGGCUGCGGAGGCGGUGUCUCACAUCCAAAGCAGCGGCCCACGUCGCCACGGAGCCUCCAGCGCUGUCAGCUCCAACACCGCGGGCAUGGCGGACCGCACCACCUCUGAACCUGGCCACGGUGACCAGAGCCCGCCUCCCGGGAGCCCUCCCUCCAGACCCGGAGUUCCAGAGGUCGCCGCUGCCUCCGCGACCCACACAGCCAUCACCACCAUUCCAGCUGCUGCGGCUGCUUCAUCAGCGUCGCCGCCACCCGGCCAGGCGGUCCUUCUGCGCCAGAGGCAUGGCUCCGGUAAGGGCAGCCUCCCUCUCCUCCCCAAGGGUCGCGCAUGG